AUGCUAGAUAUGACAGAAGCAUUCAAGUUCAAACUACUUCAAUCCACUCCUUAUUAUGCUCAAGCUAAUGGACAUGCAGAAUCAAGUAAUAAGGUGAUCAUCAACAUUAUCAAGAAAAUGCUCAAGAAGAAUCCAGGGCAAUGGCAUGAGAAAUUAUCAGAAACUCUCUGGGCAUAUAAAACUUCAAAGAGAGAGGCAACUGGCAUGACCCCAUAUGCUCUAACCUAUGGUCAUGAUGCAAUUCUGCCUAUGGAAAUAGCAAUCUAA